CCCGAUGCGCGGUGUGCAAGCAAGAUCGUAGCCAAGAAUGGCGUCGCCGAAGCGCGUCGCGAAGUGCCGCUGGGAACCAGUAUUGCGCUCGAGCGUGCCGCCGUCAGUGGCCGCAGGAAGCAGGAGGUGACGGAGACAGCAGAGGAUCGACGACGUCGCCGAGGCCACGCUGGCGCGCCGACGAGGCGACACGACGGUGCCCGGCCCCUGUGUCUCGUCGUGCUUGUGACCCUGUGGUUGUAGUGGUGCGCUGUCUAGCUCUACUGCUCGCCGCUGUCAACAACGCGGCUGUGCGCGGGGCUGCAACCAUGUGUUGCCGCCUCCCGAGGCGACGGAUCAUCGCAGCGGCGUCGCCAAUGCGCUCGUCAGCAGCGCAGGCCGAGGAGAGGCGCCCUAAAGGCUAUUUUUGAACUCUCCAUGCGCCCGGAAAGCCGGCUGCCUGACCCGCGGCGAUGGAUCUUAAGUCGGAGUCGGACUUUUACGGUGGCUGCCGGGCGCUCGCGCCCGUCGCUGCAUACUUUGGACUCAGUAUCGACAAGUUCAACUUCCUGUUCUGCCAAAUUGCGUUCCUGCUGUUCUCGUUCCCGUACCGCGUGCUGCUGCAUCCGUCGCGGGUGUCUCCGACGGCGAGGCACAUCGUGGCCCUCACCGUUGGACUCGCCUUCGGUUAUUUCUGCUUCGGAUACCAAAUUCUUCACCUUGUUGCACAGGCCACCCUUGUUUACAUGAUCAUCAAUUAUGCGAGUCCCGAAAGUAUGCACAAGAUUGCGCUGGCGGUCGGCAUGGGCUACUUGUCGGCUAUCCACAUAAUGCGGCAGAUCUACGACUACGGGGGCUACCACCUGGACGUGACCGGUCCGCUUAUGGUGGCCACGCAGAAGGUGACCAGCAUAGCUUUCAACCUGCACGACGGUCUUACAGAGAAAAAGGACAUCCUCCUGCACCCCGAGCAGAGAAGGCAGACUAUAAGCCGGAUGCCGAGCCCGCUGGAGUUCUACAGCUACGUCCUGCACUACCACACGCUGAUGUGCGGGCCGCUGGUGUUCUUCAACGACUACAUGGACUUCAUCAAGGGAAAGCAGUUCUUGAGGCACAGCGUCCGCACCUGCCUGCGGGGACACCCGACGGCUGUGGUGGAGCCGUCACCAACUUGGGCGACUCUGCAGAAGCUGUCCGUUAGCUUCAUGAGCGCCGCGAGCAUCGUCUACCUGCUUUCUGCCUACCCUAUCGAAUACAUUAAGCAGGAUGACUUCCUUUACAAUAGGAGCAGGUUGUGGCAAAUGCUGUACAUCAUCUGGGCCACUUCGUUACACCGGCAUCGGUACUACCACGCCUGGACUCUAGGUGAAGCAAUUUGUAAUGCUGCUGGCUUUGGUUUCAACGGCUACACAAGUGACAACAGAGCGCGAUGGAACCUCAUCAGCAACGUGGACAUCGUCACCAUUGAGACUUCGACGAGUCUACGCGAGCUGAUAAUAGCGUGGAACAAGUCGACCCAGACCUGGCUGCGCACCGUGUCGUACGAGCGGAUGCACCGCCACCGCACCCAGCUGACGUUCAUCCUGUCGGCCAUGUGGCACGGCUUCUACCCGGGAUACUACCUCACCUUCGGCACCGGAACGCUCUUUACGCUGGGCGCCCGAGCGGUGCGUCGUAGCGUGCGGCCCCUGUUCCAAGGAAGCCGCCGGAAACAAAGGCUGUACGACGUUAUCACCUGCCUAGCGACCCGCGUAGCUGUCGCCUACAUGGUGUUUCCGUUCCUGCUGCUAGACUUCCACUCCAGCUUCAGGGUUUACUGUCACUUCGGAUUCGUGGGCCACGUGAUGUGCCUGCUGGCCAUGUGCGUUCUACCCCGGGUGCUGCCGCCGCCACCGCGAUCGCCGUCCCGGUGUUGUGCGUCGCCCAUGUCACGGCGCAAGGCCGUCGAGGAAUCUCGGGGCAACGCCGACCUAAGCCUGCAGAACGAGCAGGAGACGCAGCUGAAGGACGAGGACGAGGACGAGGACGAAACUGCGCAGCCACAUAACUCGGAGUCGGGCGACACGACCUCGGCGGACUCCGCGCUCGAGGCCGACGUCAAGAAGUCGAACUCUCAGCUGUCGCAAGUCGCGGAGAACGACCCGGCCGCGCCGACCACCACCAAUCGCGACCCGUCCGAGAAGCAGCCGCCUGGUGAUAAGAAGACACAGUAGAAAAAAAAAGCAGUCUUGUAUAGACAUUUUUUUCCCCAGGAAUGCCCUGUGAAGAAAUGAAAAGAGACUGAGGCAAGAGAGCAGUGCGGCAUCCGAUGUGUUACCCGCGUACGCGGCGUUGUUGCUUUCUCGAGUGUGUCGUGUUUUACGCCUUUCGCUUAGUAAGGGCAAACGCGGGCUUCGUAGCCGUGUAUGGGCGAGAUGCUACCGCUUCCGAGAUGUUGUGUCGAUGUUCGUCUGGGCCUAUAUUGAUGCGUAUACGGUGCGCGGUUGCCGGAACUGUGCCGAGUAACGGGCGCGUACGUCGUGGCCGCCGUUGAAGAGUCGGCAAUACCACGCAGAAUGAUAUAUGCUAUAAAUAGAAAAGGAAAUUAGACGCAACAGCAUUAUCUUAGCAAUUAGUUAUAUUAAUUAACGCAAAUUAGAAUUAAUGACGAAGCCGCGGUGGUAACGCUAGUUGGCCGAGGGUACUCGGCCGUCAUAUUCAGACACUACCGAGUCCGCGAGCCGCUUUCCGAGAGCUCGUUUCAUUACGGGCUUUUGGUGGGCCGAAGCGUCUUCUCAACAUUAAUUGCCUAGCGGCUGCAUCACCAAGUUCCUAUGUACCGCACCAUGUCCAGGUACGCGCAAUGCAAUCAGUCAAUUUAUUAAUACAUCUCGCCACGUGUAUAGCGUAUUGAGUGCCGUACUGUUUUCUUUCCUGCAAGGCCUUCGUAAAAGGUGACAGCGCCUGCGGUAUUGUUAGCCUACGUGGCAUGCAUGUUUCAUUGGAUGCAACGCGUCUGUGAAUGUUGUCUCUUUCACUUUGUUAUAGCUGAUGUUCCAGGUGUUGGCUGGUCAUGCGCCGUUUAUCAGCAGCUGCGGAGUCACGUCUGUGCUGUUCCGUCGUUGAGUCUUUCGCCGUGUAUAUAGACCCUGCCCCCGUGACGACCACGUUCUCACGUAAAGAACCGAACCGCGUGAUCUGCGUCAGUCAGAGCCGACCGCUGAAAACUUGGUCCACGGGCUCGUGUUGUUUCAUUGUAACCAUUCCCGGAUGCGUACUGCAGGCUUCCGCUUACAAACCUUGGUCUCACGUUCGUUGUAUUUAUAAAAAAAAAAAAAAAGUCGGCCGUUGCAACCUCUCUGCGGCACUGGAUUGUACGGCAUGCAUCGAACAAAUAGAUUGGCUGCUCGUUGUGCUUCGUAAAACUGAACGAAAACUUUUGAGAACGCCUUUAGAAAAGGUGCCUGCUGGGUGGUUGAACAACUCUGGAUAUUUGCGGGAGACCUCUGUGCAUACCUCUACGUGAGCUGGACCGCAGUGGGCUCAUCACGAUACAGCACACGUAUGUGAUUUAAGGCUUGCAUGAUGAAGGCGUCACUUUUUGACCUGGCGAAUUGAACUGAUAAAAACAGUGCUUCUGGCGUUGUCCUAUACUGUGUGGCAUGCCUGGAUUUGUGUUAGUCAUUGCACUGCUGGCCUUUCGUUUCGCUGAUUCGCACUUUUUGUGCCAAGAUCGUGGUGUAGGGUUUUUUAUUCCUUUUCUUUCUCUCCACUUCCUUCGUUUGAGACAUUUCGUGGUGUGCGGGGCUUAUAUGGGUUUUGUUAUUGUAACUUUUUUUUUUACUUGAGAUAGCAGCGCAGCAUUCUCAAUCCUUAAUUCGGCAGAACUACCGUGCCGUGACCAGGCAGAGUCAGCAUCGAUCCCUGUGUGUAAAUUUGCCUUAGUAACCAAUCUAACACGGGCGCUGUGGUUCGAAUCGGCCGCAAAGGUCGCGAGACGUCUUUACGUCCGCUUCGCCUAGCGCCGAAAGGCUUACGUAUAUAGGCCGUUGGUUCACUCUGGCCUAACUUAACGACUCGAGGCAAACUGUACAUAGUGACGUCUGGACUGGCCGUCCACUGGCUUGUCUGCGGUGGUCAACGGCGAAGUACUUACGACACCAGGGCAUGUGCAUUUCCUCGGCUUGGUACAGUUUCGCUUCCUUGUUAGCACAGUUAUUGCCCGUAGAAAGCUCUGGCGCACGAACUCGGACUCCUUUGCGCUCUCUAUUGAGUAGCACAAACGAAGCGUCCGGUGUCACCAGAUCCAUUGCGUUCGUCACUUUACUCUGUCGUGCUUCAAUGUCUGUCAGUUGAUGCUGUUCGCAUCCUGGGUGUAGUCACUACGUGAGUUGCAUAUCUUGUGAGGAAGUUGAUGUAUUCCAUAGUGUUAUCGUUGUGAAAUAAAUGUGCAGCGACCUAUUACAUAAAACGCGCGGACAAAUGGACCAUUCAGUUUUAGCAGGCAUAUGCACCGCUCUGUGUUGCACGUCUUGGUUGUGCCUGAUUGGCUCGUAAGCUUAUCGAUAAAGACACUACAUAACGCGAGCUAAAAAUAACUACAGGAAGUCUACCAGCUUUAAGUUUGCUAGAUUCUACACAGUUUUGUGCCUUGAUUGUUGAAAAAGACCGUAUACACUGUUCGUUUGACUUUACGCGCGGCAGUGUGUGAUUUGGAUGAAGAUGUGUUCGCCGUUAUCGUUUUUUUCCAUCUGCGAAAUAAUCGUGGCCUCCAAUUUACUAACCGGUCUUCCCGCUCUCACACAUGCACGCGGCACAGGAAGCCGUGUCACGUGUUCGCUGCCGACGAAAUAAUUGCGACGCCUAUGCAGAUAUACAGACUUGUGAACUUACGCGACCAAAGGACCACCUACAAAGAUCGGGCUAGUUCAGUAGCCUCGUACCUAUUAAAGUCCCAAUGUGCUCUUCCCACAUAGUAUUCACGCGCUCUUCUGUUCGCCCUUCCAAUACGAGGCCCAGGCUUCAAACUAUUUGCAUUUCCUUUCGCUUGUGCGAGUACGUUUGUUGAGAAGCACUGAUGAACGGUGUCUGGAGGGAGAAGAAAAAAAAAGAAAGAGAAAAAGCGUGGGAAUGAGUUCGCACCUCUGCUCCUUUGCUUUUUCAGAGCUAAUGUGUGACGGAGCGGCAUCUUGUCCCAACGGUGGCGGUCACCACCACACGAAGUGUGAUCUCUGCACUGAAACUGCUAAAAAUGUGAAUUGACACACCAACAGCGUACGAAGGCGCGAGCGACAUGGAAGAUUUAAAAAUAAAGUUUACGCAGAUGAGAACAGGUUAUGUAAAUUGAAGAAAGCAGCAAAGCGGCAGAAAAAAAAGAAAAGUAAACGAGAGAAAUAUGUGCAGGUUGCAUAGUGGGAAGAGUACCGGGGGCGCAGUUUUAACGUUUGAAAUCGAAGUGCGUUCCUGUUUACGGGAAAUCGGCGAAUCGACCACGACGUCUUGGCCACUUAGCGGCGCUCGGGUUGCGUUCGAGCCGGACCAGAAAGUAUAGUUUUGCUUCACGAGCGAAAGGGUACAAUCAGCCUACACCCCGGUGAAAUGUUCAAAACUAAUCGAACAAACGUAGCGCACAUUUGGGACGCGUCGCGAGUAUAGCGAAUUUCGAUGGAUAGCACGAUUUUGUGGUUCACGAUUUACGCAGUUGGUGUACGUUUGAAAAGCAAGAGCAUAUAUAUAUAGCGAGAAUAUUUUAGGAUGGUGACUUUAUGUAUGCACAUUUGCCACAAGUGUUGACGAUAUUGCCAAUAAGAGUUUAUAAUCCUGAAGUUAUCUUCAGUGUCGUAGUUCUGGAUUGCCUGUUGUUGCUCUUUGUUAUGGUUGUUGAGAUUGCUUUUGAGGUGGAUGUUUGCUUCGGUGCGCUUAAACGCUUCAUUAUAAUUCCAGAUAUGUGAAAAGGGAGCAUUGUUUUCUUGGUGGUCACGUCAGCUGAUUUUUGUUGCGCGUUAUCACGCUGCCAUGUUGCUUAUGCGUUUUCGUCGUGUACCAGCAGCACUUCGGUAGGUGCUUUGACAAUUAACACCAUUGUUUCCGCCAUGGUGUGAAACCACGAAAACCGGCGAAGAUGCAGAAAAGAACGAACUGGAGCCUGUACCUGUACUGAAAAUUUCCAUACGCAGGGAUAGAAUUUCUUUAAGGGUUCCAUAGCACUCUUGUGCUACUGUUAAAGAUUUCAUGAAGACUUUGCACCAUUCCCGUGCGACUAGCAUAAACAGCGUUUCCGUCGGAAGCCACCGGUUGACUGAGUCUUUAUUUGAAGCUCUUAGCAUCGAAUGCACAUCAUGUUCGCCGGAACUGGGAGUUCAUUACAUGCUUUGUCUUCGCACAAUAUGCAGUUAACAUGCAUAUUUUAUACAGAAGCGUGUCUGUACGCACUCCAAGUCUUCUGUUGGCUUUUUUAUGCGUGUCCCGUAUGGUUCAACAUAAUUAGCAUGGAUUUCAUAUUAGUUCUCUAUUAUUCUCGCAAGAGUAAUACAGUAACAUCGGAAAUUUUUGGCUGUGUACGAGGAGGUUCGGGCAGUACGGUGCGCGCACCAGAUUAGCGCGAACGUUUGCCAGUCAGCGUUCCUUCGGUGCCAUCUUUGCUGCGCCUUUGUCUCAGUUGGCCUGCUUUGUUCUGGAGCAUGCAAAUCAGCUCGCCAGCCUUGAGAUUCCGAGUGUUCGAGAGGUGAGAGACAAGGGACUGGAUUUCCUCGUUUUACUGCAUGCAGAGUGGUCCGAAAAGAUGUAGAAAUAUUUUUCUGCAAACAUAUAUGGAGUUGUGUUCAGCAGCUGUGUCUGUUCUGUGGGAUGAGGAACGAGGCGGAGAUUUUGUUUGGUAUAAGAGGAGGAACUUGCGAGCGUGUCGAACUUACUGAUAAGAGUACAAGAAGCGGGGCUCGAAAGGGGUCCAAAGGUGGCUGUCAAAGUUAACUUUUGCAGAACCUAUCCACACAUGCAUGGGGUAAAGGGCGAUGAGUGAGGAAAUGCAUGGAGGUUAACGAGGGACAACGGUGGGCUCCAGAUGGAGGCACGUUGUACCCACUGAAUCAGUAGGAUGCAUUCCCUGCGCUCUAAACCCGCUACCUUUCCAAAAGUACGCAUUUUCGCAUUCGAUAAGUAAGCAGGGCUCUCAGCCAUAAAUAACAGCACGAGCUGCGCGCGCAUGGAUGCUAGACCUGAAGGUAGCUACCGCGAACGUUAUUAGUUUGGCAGGUGUAAAUAUGCACUUCAGGGUCGCGUACCAUGUCAUACAUUCUGUAACGUCACACCUUACUGGCUCCUGUAAAUUUUGUCAAUUUUACUCAGACUGAGUUAAAUUUUAAGCCUCAUAUCUGCAUUAUUUGGGGAAUGUUAUCAUUACUUGGGGCAUGUUACCAUUACUUGGCGCACGUUGCCAUUACUCUUGGCAGUUAUUUUCGGUAUCCUCCAGAAAUGUGAAAAUGCGCACCUUUGUGAGAGCUACUGCGUUUAGAGUGUGUACAGCUGUACUAAUGGCUUACUUUAGCAAUGUUUGUUCGCACUCAUUUGCUUUGGUGGUCAAAUCGAAGGUUGACCAAUCGAAACGGGAAGCUCCUAAUGGGACUGUGCGCAGCGCGCAGCCUGCAUGGCUGAUCGCACGGCUUUAUGCGAGUGAUGCUUGUUCGUAUUCACUGCUUUGCAGGGCACGUCGCAACAGACGGAUUCGUGGGCACGUUCUCACGACUAUCUAUAGUAGACUCCGUGUGGUUUAAUGGAUGUGGUGUUUCGCAGUUGUUACGUGUUGUGCACGCAAGCGAGCGAUAGUUGAAUGUCGGAGGUCGGCGAUUGCUGCGCGGGGAGGUGACACCAUGCGUCUGCUCCGGCUCGGCGAAAGAGAGCAUGUUUUGUCGUGACUGUUGCGAAGUGUUUGUUUUUGAGGUAACCUUGGAGGGGACAGAGUGCGCGCUGCUGUAUGGGGUAAAUGCAAUGCAUAAAUAUACACAAGAGUUUAUAUGUAUACACACGCAUGUUUGUGGUCGUGGAAACUGAGCUUGUUGGCUGUGGUACUUGUUCGUUUUCUUUCUUUUCUAUUGAAAUGUUUGUAUUUUUUGUUGGAAGAGCGGGAGUAAAUUUGUUAUAACAACGGC